AAAGAAAUUUCUGUGCGUGUAUGCCUCCCCUCUUUUGCUCCUGCUCGCCAAUCUUCAUCCCCGGUCCUCGCUCUCGCACGGCUGCGCCGGCGCCCGAUUCCGAACCUAGCGACCUCCGCGGCCUCCGUUCCCCGCCGGCGAGCGGUGACAUCCUGGAGACCUGAAUCGUUUGAUCCAUAGGGGCAUCGAGCUCGAGGUGGCUCCGCCGCUAGAGCACCUGCAGUAGAUUUGCCGGCUGGACUCGGGCGGGAGUCCCCAUGGCGUGGAUCUGGGUGGUCGCGGUGGCCGGAGCCAUCCUCCUUCUGUGGGCGGUCUCCCUCGGCCGGAUACUCUCCUCCCCGGCGCCCUACUGCCUCCCUCCGAGCCCUCGCUUCCUGCUCCCUCUCCACGGCGACAGGAGGUGCCGGAACGUGCUCCUGGUGCUCGCCCACCCCGACGACGAGUCCAUGUUUUUUACUCCAACGAUUCUUUUCCUCGAAUCAAAAGGUCACAAGGUUCAUGUUUUGUGCAUGUCUCUUGGUAACGCUGAUGGUUUUGGAGAUACUCGUAAAGAAGAAUUGUACAAUGCAUGCGCUACUCUGAAGAUUCCAGCUGAGCAAGUUGCAGUCUUGGACCAUCAACAGUUGCAGGAUGGGUUUCAUGAGGAAUGGGAUCAUGGACUACUAGCAGAACUUACCAUGGAGCAGAUCCAACUGUGGGAUAUCGACACAAUUGUGACCUUUGAUUCCUAUGGAGUAUCAGGUCAUCCGAAUCAUCGUGAUGUUCAUCAUGGCAUAUGCAAGCUUCUUCAUGAGAAUCAGCAAGAAAAUAUUGAAGCGUGGGAACUUGUAAGCCUGAACAUGUUUCGGAAAUACAGUGGUGCAGUUGAAAUUUGGUUAUCUCCGUUGAUCUCCUCAAGUUCAAAGCAACUGAUAUGUUGUCUAGUUAACUGUAACCCUUCCAGAACCUUUAAGGCAAUGGCUGCACACAGAAGCCAGUGGGUUUGGUAAGUAGGGUUGGCAUCAUCUCAUUUUCUAAUGUAAAAAAUUGCACUUCAACAGAAUGGUAGAGGUCAGUCUCAUAGUCGGAACUUUGCCAAAAGUUUAUUUUCAA